AGUCACCUGGUGGCGCUCGUUUCGGUACUAGUAGAACGUGAUUGGCGUUAACUAAACAUGUUGGCCACGGAAAUGGAUUUGGAUAGUGCUGUGCAGCAAGUUCUUAAAAAUGCUGCGAAGUGCCGUGGAAUAUGUCGUGGAUUAAAUGAGUGCACGAAAUUGAUUGAACAACGAGGUGUUGUUCUUUGUUUCCUGGCAGAAAAUUGCAAUGAAAAAGCUUACACAACUCUGAUCGAAGCACUAUGCCAUGAACAUGGCAUCCCUCUUGUGAAGGUCCCUGAUAAUAAAAAGCUUGGCGAGUGGUCCGGAUUGUGUAAGUAUGACAAAGAAGGAAAGGCUAGAAAAGUCGUGUCAGCCUCAUGCAUUGUGGUAACUGAUAUUGGAGAAGAAUCUUAUGGACUGAAAUACUUAGUUGAAAAAUUCAGACUACCCAUCCAAACACGAGAGGCCUAAUGUACAUGUUUCUGAUAAUGAACAUAUAAAACGUCUCCG